UGGGAAAUAUUUCGGUCCGAAAAACUGAGCCAACAGAAUCGUCUUCAUAGAUCGUUACUUCUCAAUUACGGACUCGCUCCGAUUCUCAUCCAUUUACUGUUCUUCCUCUUCCUUUUCGGAUUAUUCAAGGAUAUUCUAGGGGAUAAUUUUUUUAUGGAAGGAGUUGAGGGCGACGCAGCCUCAGCAGUAGCUCCUCUGGCCAAAUGGAGAAAUGAUUUUGCCAGAGCGUUUCAGUAUUACUUGGAUCGAUCCACUUCUCACCCGGUUCAUAGGUGGUUGGGAACCCUUGUUGUUGCGGCGAUUUAUGUGUUGCGUGUUUUCUAUGUUCAAGGGUUUUAUGUUGUGUCGUAUGGCUUGGGAAUCUAUAUCUUGAAUCUCCUGAUUGGGUUUCUAUCGCCGAAGGUUGAUCCUGAGCUUGAUGUCUUAGACGGAGCUUCCUUGCCUACUAAAGGGUCUGAUGAGUUCAGGCCGUUCAUACGCCGACUUCCCGAGUUCAAGUUUUGGUAUGCCAUCACCAAAGCCUUUUGUAUUGCCUUCUUCAUGACCUUCUUCUCACUCUUUGAUGUUCCUGUUUUCUGGCCCAUUCUUCUUUGCUAUUGGAUUGUUCUAUUUGUCCUGACAAUGAAGCGCCAAAUCAUGCACAUGAUCAAGUACAAAUAUAUUCCUUUCAGCAUUGGGAAACAGAAAUAUGCAGGAAAGAGGUCUUCUGCAAGUAGCAGUGGCGUUUCAAGAGACUAAGUUCCAUCAUACCCCUUCUGGUUAGUAGUAGACAGAAGUGUGCAGCAUUCCAACUCUUCUUUAGGUUUUCCGGUCGGAGCACCGGUUGAAGAGACAAGGUAAGGAGAAAAUGUUAGAAGUGAAUCACGUUCGAGUGCUUCUGUGUUCGAGCCAGUGCUUAGGUGUUAAUGUGGAUGUUGUAAUAGAUUUUCUCAUAUGUGUUGACCACAAUAUAUCCUAUACUUAGUUUUUUAUUUUU